UUCAAGUGAUAUAUGCUUUCAAUCAGAUAACAGGGUCUCGUCAUUAGACGUCAAAUCGGACCGUAAUGUAUGCCAUAGUCUAUGAUAUAAAAUGAUCGAAAGCUCCCAUCAUUAGUUCACUUUACUGUUUUAUUACAUUAUUGAAUAGUUAAUUUAAAUUACAAAAUUAUAUAUUUAAAUACUAAUCUCUUAUACAAAAAUGCGCGAAAACAAGUACAACGGAAACGGAGUUUUAAACGGCAAUACACUGUCGGACGGCAAGACUGCCGACACUUUCCUAUUCAGUUCCGAGUCUGUAGGCGAAGGACAUCCGGAUAAACUAUGCGACCAACUGAGCGAUGCCAUUCUGGACGCACACCUAAAACAGGACCCGCUCUCACGGGUCGCCUGCGAGACGGCCACCAAAUCGGGUCAGAUUGUAGUGUUGGGCGAAAUCACAUCCACAGCCAAUGUGGACAUUGAACAAGUGGUCAGAGACACUGUCAAGAGUAUUGGCUACGAUGAUAAAAGCAAAGGUCUGGACUACAAAACAGCCAAAAUCAUGGUCUUACUGGACAAACAGGCGCAGGAGAUCGCGUCGGGCGUUCACGUGGACCGGUCUGAGGAUGAUAUUGGCGCCGGAGAUCAGGGCCUUAUGUUUGGUUACGCCACCGACGAGACGGACGAAUGCAUGCCAUUGACAGUAGUCUUAUCGCACAAACUGAACGAAAAACUCGGCGAACUUCGACGGGACGGCACCUUUCCCUGGUGUCGACCCGACUGCAAGACUCAGGUCACCUGCGAGUACUACUUUGACAACGGGCGCGCUGUGCCCACUCGGGUGCACACCGUUGUCAUUGAAGCCAAUAAUGAUCAACAGUUAACUGUAGCCGAACUGAGACAACUGUCCACAACCAUAGCCCUGGGUCUGAUUGGCCGGGGUGUGGAAAAGGGGGAUAUCAUCGCAUUUUACGGCCAAAACUCCAUACAACACAUAGUCCUGCGGUUCGCCACCUAUUUCUUAGGCCUAACAUUCGCGCCGUUGAGUCCCACGUUUGGUCCGCACGAGCUCCGGAAGGAGAUCCAGAUCAUCGGCGCCACAGUCAUCAUCAGCUCCGGGCAGGAGCUGCACAAAUUUGACACCAUAUUAACCAACGAGCAAAACAGCGUCAUAAAACUCGUGGUAGUUUUCGAUGGCACACACGACAGGCACCCAACCUAUGAUCAACUAUUGACUGAUACGUCAACGGACGGCACCGGUCUGUCCACACUAUCGCAGAUACCUUACUAUGACGUAAACCCAGAUGUGGACAUGUUUUUCUUGAUCCACACGUCCGGCAGCACCGGUAGACCAAAGCCAAUAGCAGCGCUGCCCUUCUCGUACGUCCAUAUUUCGGGUGCACAGACACUGCCCCUAUGGGUGUGUUGGGGCGCAACUGUUGUGAUUUACACCAGGUUUACACCCAGUGGCGCGAUCGCCUCCAUUGAGAAGUACGGUAUUACACACUUUCCGUGUUAUCCGGCGUUUGGUCCCGAGUUUUUGACCGCAACUGCCGGCGCUCGUGACCUCUCAAGCCUUCGGGUCAUUAUCACGGGUGGCGCUAAGUUUCCCACUAAUAUAGCGAUGGAUAUUAUCAAAAAAUAUGGGGUCAGGUUUAGAGAA